UCCUCCUCUUCUUGCAUUCAUCUCCGGGGAAGCUGCAGCAGCAGGACCCGCUCGCUCCUCUGGCGCCUUCCUUUCCCCGGACUUCGCCAAACCCGGGAGCGCGCCACGGGCUCCUGUGCAGCCGGCGGGGGCGAGGAUGGGACCCUGAGAGGCGAGCAAAGAGCAAAAAUACAUUCUGGAGGAGCCGUUUGCCAGGAACCAGCUGAGGAUAAUUGCUGGACGUGUAGAGGAAACCCACCACAAUGAAGCACUUCCUGAGAAUGUUUGUCCAGGUCUGCCUGUACUUCUAUUGCAAGUGUUUGUGGCGCUGCUUGAAGUUCGUGGUGAGGAAACUGACUGGACGAUGUGAGUUGCAAAGGAUCUGCUACAACACAAAGCCUGGGGCUGGCAGAACUAUGAAAAUCGAAACAUCGCUAAGAAGUUCAAAAAAUAAGGUGCUCCAAAAUGCAGUAAGCGUUCAUCCAGAUGCUAUUGAGAAAACUAUAGACACCAUCAUGGAACUGAAAAAAAUUAACCCAGAUGUAAACCCACAGCUUGGUGUAUCUCUGCAAGGCUGCCUCCUACAGAUUGUAGGAUAUAGGAAUUUGAUUGCACAGGUUGAAAAGCUGCGCAGAGAGCCCUAUGACUCCGAAGAUCCCCAGCAUGAAGAAAUGCUGCUGAAGCUAUGGAAAUGCUUGAAACCCGAUUCCCCAUUGGAAGCUCGUAUUUCCAAGCAAUGGUGUGAAAUUGGUUUCCAAGGUGAUGAUCCUAAAACAGACUUUAGAGGAAUGGGCCUCCUAGGGUUAUAUAACCUGCUAUUCUUUGCCGAGCGGGAUGCUGCUGCAGCUCAGCAAAUCCUCUCCGACUCCCUUCAACCCAAAUACAGGGAGGUCUCUAAAGAGGAGCUAAGCAAAUUCACUAAGGCUGAGUGGGAGAAGAAAAAGUUUGAUAAAGCUAUUGGAUAUUCUUUUGCGAUUGUCGGGAUUAAUAUUACAGACCUUGCAUACAACCUGCUUGUGAGUGGUGCUCUAAAAACACACUUCUACAACGUUGCUCCAGAAGCUCCGACGUUAUCCCAUUUCCAGCAAACAUUCUGCUAUUUGAUGCAUGAAUUCCAUAAAUUCUGGAUUGAAGAGGAUCCCCUGGACAUCAUGGAGUUCAACCGUGUGCGAGAGAAAUUCCACAAGCGAAUCAUCAAACAGCUCCAAAAUCCGAACAUGGCCCUGUGCCCUCACUUUGCUGCCUCAGAGAGCCUCAUCAACCUGUAGCCAUUGACUUGGUCUGUUUUUGGAAACACUGCCUCAUUCUUGUGUUAUGCCACUAUCUAGAGAUAAAUCGCUAAUGUAUUGAAUGACCAUAGCGAUUGUAUGCAUGCCUCUUGGUGCAGUAUUCAUUUCCCCCUCUCUCUCUUUCUGGCAUCUCCUCCCACCAUCCUCUUUGAGGAGCUUUGCCAUAAAAACAGAGAGCCCAUAUUGCAGCCUUUUGCAGUGUUAAAAACAUCCUGAAUCAAUGUCCCAUAUGAAGAAGUUUUUUCUAUUUUUUUAGACUUCUACUCACACACACACAAACAUAUAUAUACACGCACACACAUAUAUGCACACACAUACUCUCUUCCCUUGUCACCAUAAUUCAGCCUUUAAUUAAAGAACUCUAUUUCCGUAUCUGUGGGCUUGUUCUUUUUGGUAUAUGUGGAAUAUUUGAGUUGAAAACUUGUAUUGUGGAAGCCUUUUAACUUAACUGAUUUUGUUUUAUGGGAAGUAAUGACCUUUUUUUUUUUUUACAGUGGGCACAAUCCAGCUGAUGUGGUGCAUUUUUAGAUCCUAUUGACCUGAAUGGCAUGUGCUUUAAAACCCACUCCAGCAAAAGCCAAUGGGACUCUGGCUGGAUGGUGCCCUGGGUUUGUACAUUACUUAGAAGACAGUGUAUUGUGACGUAAGCCUAGUUUAGGCAGAAUGCAUACAAAGAUCUCUUUCCUCAUGCAACCAUGCAUGCUUCAUUGGAAAAAUCGGCAAGAUUUAUGAUGCAAAUGUGGGAGUAGUUUUAAGCAAUUGAGACUGACUGCGGGAUCAUGAGUGUAGAGUGAGUUUGGAGGCAUUGGCUGCAUUGAUAGCAAAGACCAAACCCAACCUCCUUCUACCCUGGUUAGCAUCCAAGCAGGGUGUUGCUGUCUCAGAAGUCUGCACUGGAACAUAAUCGCCUAUUUAUAUCAUCACAACAAAACAUGAGUCACAAUACUUAGAAAAUGCAAGGUUAGUGGUUUGUGCUUCUGCAUGUCCAAAUGUGACAUGAAUUGAUUGUGCGUUGGGAAUCUACGUUUUCUUCAUUUUUGAAAUACUGAAUUUUAAAAUGUCACUCUUUUGCUAGAGGAGAACUGAGAGGAAUACGUUAACAAAGAGGCAUGAAGAAAAUGAAAUAACUGGUUGUGUAACAUUGAACGAAGUGCUGGUUAUUGAGCAUUGGAUGUGAGAUCCAUUCACAUGCUGUGUGGGACUUUGCCAUGUAGACCCCAUAAAGAUGAUGGGUAGAUGUAUUUAUGUGCAACCAUGCUCAUGCACACAAUUCCUUUUUUAAUGGGCCUGCAGGCGUUUGCACCCAGCACUUCUGACAUCAUGUGUAGUCUUUCAUACUGUAAAAUUUACCAUGGCAUUUCAUACCCAUGGUAUUUUUUUUACCUUCUGACUAUUAUAGGUAGUUUGUGAAGUUGCUUGCAUAGCAGGAUUGAAUCUGAGGUAUUGCCUAACUAUUUGUGGAUUAUAUGAAUAAAUUACAUCACUCCAG